AUGAAACUCGCACAGGUGUUUACUCUACUUGCGCUGAUUACACAGGCGGUGUCGAUUUUGGUGGUGACGGGGCCUGAGAUGGGGGCGACAUAUAAGGCGAGUGAUGGUGAGAUUGCCAUUCCAAUAACAUGGCAAGAUGAUGGCACUGAUCCGACGGACGAUGAGAUCAAAUCGUACACAUUUGUUUUAUGUACGGGACCGAACAACGCAAUUCAUGGAUUGGAGAAGAUUGCUCCGAUCGAUGCAGCCAAGAUAACUGUGGGUGGUUAUACGCCAAUUUUCGAUGCUGACAUUGCAGCGUCUGGGUAUUUUUAUGUACAAAUCUACUGUCAACUAAAGAACGGUGGGUAUUUCCUGAGAUACACGCCACGUGUGCAGCUUCAGGGAAUGACGGGUUCAUAUCCGGCAAGUGGAAUUGGAGAAACCCCAUGGGGAGAUCAACAGUUUGACUCUGAUGGACAGAAUGCCAAUCCUACCAAAUCAAGAACCAUUCCAUACACUUUGCAAACGGGUAAGACGAGGUAUGCACCAAUGCAGAUGCAGCCGGGUUCUCAAAUCACUGUUUCCACUUGGUCGAGAAGGUUCCCAACUUCUGCGGUCACGUACUAUUCGGCCAUUUCGGGAACGCCGGUGGUGAAGUCGACUGUUACAGCUGGUUGGAGUUACACAAUGAGUUCUUUGGUGAAUAUGGCCUCACCGGCGCCGUUCCCAAAGGAAGUUGGAUGGUAUCCUGCCAGCCAGCGGUUAGCUAGUGCUUCUUUAGAUUCCAGGAUUGUCACUGCAGUUGGUGAUUCCAAGAAGCGUAAACUAAAGAAGAGAAGAUGGGUUGAUUGA